UUUUCUGCUUCUGGUCAACUUUUAGAAAGUAGAGUAUUUACUAAAAGUCCUCUCCUGGUGUAUGAAGUUUGGAGUAUGAAGUUCCUUCCAAUCCCAGGUAGAAAAAUUAGCAGAGAAAAGAAUGAGUGACUUGAAAGAGAGAAACUACACAAUUUCAAUUUCACCAAACUGGUAAAGCUUUAAUUAAUUAUUGCCUUGGAAGUCUCUAGGCAUGUAGCUUUCAAAGCCCUCGUCAUUACUUCCCUUCCCCCCAAAGCCUCAAAAUUGGCUCCCCCAUUUUCCAAUCAUAAAAUAUUUCAAAAUUGAGUUGAAGAUGGAGAAGAAAUUGAAACUGAUCAAAUAAAAUUAGUAAAACUAAGAGCAGAGAAGAUGGUGAUCGUGAGGAGGGGGUUCAUCUCCAUCGCCUUUGUCGCCGCCGUGUGGCUCCACGCCGCGGGGCUGCCGCUGCACACCGAUUCACGGUGGAUCGUGGACGAAGGGGGCGACAGGGUGAAGCUAAGAUGCGUGAAUUGGGUGUCGCAUUUGGAGGCGGUGGUGGCGGAGGGGCUUUCGAAGCAGCCGAUUGAGGAGAUCUCGAAGCGAAUUGCAUCGCUAGGGUUCAACUGCGUGAGGCUCACUUGGCCGCUCUUCUUAGCCACCAACGACUCGCUGGCCUCCCUCACCGUCCGGCAGUCGUUCCAGCGGCUGGGCCUGCCGGAAUCCAUCGCCGGAAUCCAAGCCAACAACCCCUCCAUCGUCGAUCUUCCCCUGAUAAAGGCGUUCCAGGCGGUGGUGGAGGGGCUGGGGGAGGCGGAGGUGAUGGUGAUAUUGGACAAUCACAUAAGCAAGCCGGGGUGGUGCUGCAGCAAUUUCGACGGAAAUGGGUUCUUCGGGGAUCAGUAUUUCAACCCGGAGACGUGGAUUAAGGGCCUCACUCGAAUGGCCGCCAUGUUUAACGGCGUGGCCCAUGUUGUUGGUAUGAGCCUCAGGAACGAGCUUCGAGGCCCAAAACAGAAUGUUAACGAUUGGUACAGGUACAUGCAAAGAGGAGCGGAGGCAGUUCAUUCGGCAAACCCAGACGUUCUUGUAAUUCUCUCAGGGCUCAACUACGACAAGGACUUGUCUUUCCUCAACAACCCGAACCAGCCCAUGAACCUCACAUUCACUGCAAAGUUAGUGUACGAGGUCCACUGGUACGGGUUUUCAGACGGCUCCUCGUGGGCAUCCGGCAACCCCAAUCAGGUGUGCGGAAGAGUGGUGAACAACCUCAUGAAAAUGUCUGGAUUUUUGUUGGAUCAAGGGAUGCCUCUGUUUUUAAGUGAAUUUGGAGUGGAUCAAAGAGGCACUAAUUUGAAUGACAAUAGGUAUUUGAGUUGCUUCUUGGCCACUGCAGCUGAGCUUGACCUGGAUUGGGCGCUAUGGACACUCGUUGGGAGUUACUAUUUGAGAGAAGGGGUUGUUGGAUUGAAUGAGUAUUACGGGAUUCUUGAUUGGAAUUGGUGUGGUGUUCGAAAUUCGAGCUUCCUCCAGCGCAUCUCCGCCCUUCAAUCUUCCUUCCAAGGACCAGGAAUAACAGAAACAAGACCAUACAAAUUAAUUUUCCACCCAUCAACUGGGUUAUGCGUGGUGAGAAAAUCACUACUAGAUCCUUUAAAAUUAGGGCCCUGUGCCGAGUCGGACCCUUGGUACUACUCACCACAGAAGAUUCUAACAAUAAAAGGGACAUAUUUUUGCAUCCAAGCAGAGGAAAUGGGGAAGCAAGCCAAGAUGGGAAUAAUAUGCACACUCUCAAACUCAAGGUGGGACAUGAUUUCCGAUUCAAAGAUGCAUAUUUCCUCAAGGGCCAGCAAUGGCUCCACUGUUUGCUUGGAUGUGGAUCCAACCACCAAUGUUGUCGUGACCAAUGCUUGCAAAUGCUUGGCUCGGGACUCGGCGUGUGACCCGAGUAGCCAGUGGUUCAAGCUUGUUAAUAGCACAAGAAGUUUGGGCACGGCAAGGUCGAUGAUCAGUGCAGUGGGUUCGACUUUGGCUGAUGUUGUGCCCAAUUUUAUGGAGUUGGCUUAUGGCAGUAUCUGAAGCUUCAAGGAAUUCUGGGGAUAUAGAUUUACUUCAUUUAUGUAAUUCGGUUCUGAUUGAAAAUAAAAAACAGGGAGAAAAAAAAACUUGCCCCCAUGCAGGAUCGAACUACAGACCUUCAGUUUA